AUGGAUAUUGAUAUAGUUAAUGCAAUAUUACGAUUAUGUUUUGAACAACAGACAUGUCUUUUUGAAGUACCUAUUUUAUGUGAUUAUUGUCUUGAACAUUGUUUAUGUACGAAUUCGAAGCAUGUACUUGCUAGUAUUAAGAAUUAUAUGGAAAUAUUUAAAAUUAGUCGUGAGCGAAAUCGUAUUGAAUUUUUUAUGCCUUUUGAAAUAUGUCGAAAUAAUUUUCAUAAUGGUUCAUGUCAAAAUAAUGGUGAAUUAUGUUCAAAUUUACAUGUUUGUUAUGAGUAUUUCUAUACAAAUUCAUGUCGUCGUUCAAUAAAUUAUGCAUUAACCAAAGCUUUUAGAAUUUAUUGUCAAUUAAAAAAACAUUUAUUAAAUUAUAGUUCAUCCAGUAUACCAUCAUUAAAAGGACAACAACCAAUAUCAUCUUCAUCAUUUACUAAGAAUCCAACAUUAUCUUCUUUCCCCUCUUCUUCGUCUACACAUAAUAAACGAUUGACAGUUAAUUCACAAAUUAAUAGUAAUAUAUCUUGGAAAACUAAUAAUCCAACACAAUUAACUUCAACAAAUUUUCCUACACAACAACAGAUUAUAAGUCAGAUUCCUGAAAAAGGUCUUCAAAUAUAUUGGACACCACAAAAAGAUAUUGAAACUCAUUUUGUUGAAAUAGUCUUUAGUAAUUAUGACAAAUCUGAUGGAGGUCCAAUACAAAUACAUACAAUCUAUCAACAUUUUGGUAUUGCGCAAAUAGUUUAUAAAAAUUCACAUACUGCUGAUCGAGUUAUUCAUCAUGGUUCUAUAACAUUUCAAUCAUUUACUUUUAUGCCUCGUCUUCUACAACGAACAGUUGAUAUGCGUCAUGUAUGUUUUAUAAAUAUGUCUAUUGAAACCAAUCGUAUUCCAUUAUAUAUUGAUAUUGUUUCAAAACCUUAUAAAAAAAAUCAUUUUGAAUAUUAUCAAAAUGAUAAACAAACUAUCCUUGUUGAAUAUAAUGAAGAUAUUGAUUUUUUAAAAAUUUCUUCGAAUGUUCGAAAUCAUCCUGAAUAUGAUGGAUUACAAAUUAAAUGUAUUCAAUUGUAUCAUCCAGAAACAUUAUUAGUUGAAUAUGAUCAAGAAUAUUCGGAAUAUGAUAUCAAAAAUUUAUUUAAAAAUGAAAGAAUUUUUCAUAUAAAAACUUAUUCAUUCUGUGCUUUUGUACAUUUUUAUUGUCAUGAUGGUAAGCAUAUAGUAUAA